GAGAAGUCCGAAACGCAGCUGCCGCGCCGGGGCCUGAGUGGCUGCCUCUUCCACCGCUGGCGGACCCAGAGCGCCCCGUACAGAGGUUUACACCCAGUGUGCCUGCCGGGCUGUGCCCAGGUUCAGAGCCAUGCCAAUCGGUGGGUGAAGCUUGAGGCAGUGAUGGAGCCACUGCAGCCUCAGCAGAAGCAGCAGCCGCCGCAGCAGCAGCAGCCGCCGCCGCCACAGCCACCACACCUGGCUCCUCUGCAGAUGGAUGCCAGAGAGAAGCAGGUUCAGCAGAUGAGAGAAACCCCGUUCUUGUAUGCCCAGAAGCUGGUCACACAGCAGACUCACCUUUCUGCCACACCCGGGAGGCCUUCUUGCAGCCCUGCCCUGGGUCCAUUAGCCAGAGUUCCACCAGCCCCAGCAGUGGCCCGAGUGUUUGAACGGAGCAAGGUGAACUCAGAGCCUGAGGAAGAGGAAGGAGGUUUGGAAGAUGAGGAUGGGGAUGAUGAAGUUGCAGAGGUGGCUGAGAAAGAGACCCAGGCUGCUUCAAAAUAUUUUCACGUGCAGAAGGUGGCUCGCCAAGACCCCAGAGCAGCACCCGUAUCUGGUCUGCUUCCAGCGUCAGGGCUCCCACCACAUGGACAGCAAGCUAAAGAAGACCAUACCAAAGAUGCUCCUAAGGCCUCAGCUUCAGUCUCCACAGCAGGGCAACCGGGCUGGAAUCUGGAUGAGCAGCUCAAGCAGAAUGGUGGUUUGGCCUGGAGUGAUGAUGCGGAUGGAGGCCGGGGAAGAGAGAUCUCCCGUGAUUUUGCCAAGCUGUAUGAACUGGACAGUGAUCCAGAAAGGAAAGAGUUCCUGGAUGACCUCUUCGUCUUUAUGCAGAAGAGAGGGACCCCCAUCAACCGAAUCCCCAUCAUGGCCAAGCAGAUCCUGGACCUGUAUAUGCUGUAUAAGCUGGUGACGGAAAAGGGGGGCCUGGUGGAGAUCAUCAACAAGAAGAUCUGGAGAGAGAUCACCAAAGGCCUGAACCUGCCCACAUCCAUCACUAGCGCCGCCUUCACCCUGAGGACCCAGUAUAUGAAGUAUCUCUAUGCCUACGAGUGCGAGAAGAAAGCCUUGAGCUCCCCGGCUGAGCUCCAGGCAGCCAUUGACGGCAACCGGAGGGAGGGCCGCCGGCCCAGCUACAGCUCCUCCCUCUUUGGCUACUCGCCCGCUGCCGCCUCUGCCGCUGCCGCUGGGGCCCCUGCCCUCCUCUCCCCGCCCAAGAUCCGCUUCCCCAUCCUCGGGCUGGGCUCCGGCAGUGGCACCAAUGCCAGUGGCCCUCGGAUAUCCCCAGCAACCACUCUCAGGAAAGGUGAUGGAGUCCCAGUGACAACCGUGCCCGUGCCAAAUCGCCUGGCUGUGCCCGUGACCUUGGCCAGCCAGCAGGCCGGUACCCGGACGGCCACGUUGGAGCAGCUGCGGGAGCGGCUGGAGUCGGGGGAGCCCCCUGAGAAGAAGAUGUCCAGGCUGUCAGAGGAGGAGCAGCGCCUGGUGCAGCAGGCCUUCCAGCGCAACUUCUUCAGCAUGGCACGGCAGCUGCCCAUGAAGAUCAGGAUCAACGGCAGGGCAGAGGACAGAGCAGAGGCCUCGGCUGCAGCAGUGAACCUGACCACGAGCAGCGUUGGGAGCAUCAACAUGUCUGUGGACAUCGACGGCACCACUUAUGCAGGUGUGCUGUUUGCCCAGAAACCUGUGGUCCACCUCAUCGCAGGAUCCGCUCCCCAGAGCAUCGGCAGCAGCGCCAGCAGCAGCAGCAGUUCUCACUGCUCGCCAAGUCCUACCUCGUCCCGGGGCACCCCCAGUGCAGAGCCCUCCACCAGCUGGUCCCUCUGAGGGGCAGGACCCAGCUCCCAACUCCCUCCACCCUCCCAUCGAGAGUGGAGGAAGCUGAUGCACAGAAUUUACCUCAUCUCAUGGAGCCCACAUCAAACACCAUUUGGCCAGAUGUUGAGAGUUUGGACCUGUCCGUCUGUCCAGGCUCCAUCAGGUCCUGCUGUACUCUAGAGGCAAGGAGAGGCUGGAGGGGCCUGACAGGGCAGCGUUGUCCAAUCAGGGAUUGUCCUGGAGAACUGGGCGGGGUCUGUGGGCGUCCAGCUUCCUCCGGGGCUCCCAGGCCACCUCCCAUCCCGGGCACGGUGUAUUGACAAUCUGUAAGCUGACACAGGGCUGGAGGCCCUCCACAACCCUUCCCCUUUAAUUUAUUUCCCUUCCCCUGCCUUCUGCCAUGACCCCAGGGUCACUGGUCUCUUCCCCUGCUCAGUCCCCCAAUCUUUGACUCCAGUGUGGGGCUGCUAGGAGCCAAGAGCAUGUCUUUGUGGCCCUUCUCUGCUGAGCAUGGCAUGGGGUCCUCCCAGCCCACCUUGCCUCCCAUGUUUGGUUCUUGGGGUGUGGGUCUCUCAAAUUCAAGUCUUGAAGCAGUCCUCAGGGCCCCAUAUCCCCCUUUUAAUGGUCCCAAGACAGGGAUCGUGAGGGCAGUCCUCAGGACCCAGGGCCUGCUGGGCAUCUGCUGAGGGAGAGGCAGAGCCUCAGGGGCUGCCCAGGCAGGCCCUGGCACCCACUCCACUGACCCUUUUCUGACCCUCCCAGACCUCACGCCCCCACUCAUCCCUGUUGGCCAGCUCUCCCAGGAAACAGCCCACUUGUCCCUUGGGCCCCUCUUCUUCUCGUGGGGCCCAAACCUGCCAAUGUCAGGUUCAUUGAAAUACCUCAGAUUUGUAACUGUGGAUGUUUGAUUCUUCAGGAAGUAUUUGCAUCUCUGAAAUCUUUUUUAUAUGUGUUUGCUGACUUUUGUGUUUUUUUUUUACUUUAAAAUUUUUAUUGUUGUUAUUGUAGCACCAAAGAAAUGAAAGCAGAUCACCCCCAAAGCCGAGCAAAUGAUUUGGUACCCCAGCCCCUCCGGCCCUUCCCUAAGACCCCAGUGAGGGUGCGAGCGAGGCAGCAGGAGAGAUGACUCAGGGAUCACAGUGGCAGGAGGAGGUGGAACGGAGAGGCCCGCUCUCAACGCAGGUUGGAUCGUGAAACCACACCGGUUCUCAAGAUGGCCCUUGACCCAUUUCCCACCAGAGCAGGGCAGUCCCAAACCCCAGCGCCCAGCUCUCCAGGGUGGGGGCAGGGCAUCUUCCCUUCACUCAACAUUCCCACCUCAGGGCAGGAGCGGGCUGUGGAGGCCAUGGGCCUUGGAGAAGUCGAGCUGCCCCAGAGGGUGAGGAGAUGCUUAAAGAGCUCUGUCUCUCCUCUUGGACCCUGGGGUGGAGUGGGCUGUUCCUGUGUCAUAAAGAAGAGGUGAUUCUCACACAAGGCUCGCCUCUCAAUCAAGUAAGCCUUGCAGUGUUCAGUGGAACCCCACCCGCUGUGACAUCAUCGCGCUGUGGCAGUGGGAGACCAUGGUGGCACAAGCCCACGCAUGACUAAUGCUCAGUCCAUCUAGGAAAGGGAAGGGAAAUCAUACGCUUGAGCACAAAACACAUACCUCAGCCCCAGUGAGCUGCAGCUGCACUGACUGCAUCUUCUCUCCCUUCCCUAGCCCUCCACACUGUCUCACACUCACACAUACACACACAGCCCCAUCCAUUGGGGGCUGACCCUCUCCUGGCCUUACCAGGCCGGCGCAGGGCCUGGCAGAGAAGGGUGUCUGAGGUCUGUGUCAGGGAGGAGCCCGGUUGGCUGGCGCUGGGCCCACUUGAAGGCGUCGCAGACAUUUGGCCAGUGUGUCUUUCUCAGGGCUUUGGUCACAAAGGAUGGACUCUUCCCACCUGGAGGACACGGGGGUGGUGCGCUGUGUCUUCCUGGUUGUUGGAUCCUCUCCCUUUCCUCAGGCAGCUUGCCCAGCUUGCCCUCUCAGCAAGCCCUCGCUGCCCUCAAGGGCAACAGCAGGGUCUCAGCCUGAAAGCCUGAGGGUGGGAGCGCCGGCAGGUGCCCCCAGAAUGGGGCCCUGGGCCAAGAGGAGCUCUCCUGACGGUGCAGCCCUGAGGUCACAUGGCAGCCAUUGGCCAGGGCUGCUCCGUCCCCUCCCCCUCCCCAUCUUACUUGUAUUUAACCAGGAAAAAAUGUGAUAGCACAUGGGUAGCCUAGGCAGUGGAUAAAUACCUCAGAAGUCCUCUUGCAGCAAGUGUCUGUAUAUGUUGUGGUCAUUUUCUAUCUUACAUGUUCUCGAAUGUUUAUAUUUCAAUAAACCUCUACCUCUUCACACAAGCAGGCCUCGCGGGCGCUUUCAGUGACUCUUUCAUUUGACAGGACUAGGGAAGAAGCGAGGACUUUCAGAAUAAAAGGGGCUAAGUGAACUACUUCUCUGAUCCCUUGAUUUUUCCUAACCCUUCUCUUCUUCGCUGCUCACCCAUCAUUUUCCCAAAGCACUUAACUCUCAGCCUGUCUUCUGUAUUAGCCGGGCACCGCUGAUAUUGCAUGAUCACCAAAACUGACUCCCCUGGCGUCACGUCAGGGUCCCAGCAGGCACAGGGCCAGGGGUCUCUUCCAUGAGCAAGCCUUCUUUGAGCUCCUUCUGAAUAAGUACAGUCCCCACGCUCACAGAGCUCACACUCUUGUCUGGGAGGCACACGCGACUCUAGACAAAAACCGAGUCUUUAGAAUACAGCAUGACUGGGACCAGUGGGGUAGAUAAAUGCUGGAGCAGCUCACUAGGGAAUCUCUGGAAGGCUUCCCAGCGGUGGACAUUUCAGCUAGAAGAAUGAGGUGGCCAACUGGAGAUGUGAGGAAGAGCAGAGGAAGUGAUACAUGUGGAAGCUUGGUGGCAUCAAAGGACCUGGCAUUGGGGAACUGUGGGCAGUGCCUAGGGUUGGGGGACGUUGGAAAAAAGUGUGGCUGGGGCCAGGAUGGAGCCCAGGCUAAGGAAUUUGGGCACCAUCCUCUGAGCAUCGGGACCCUGCUGACAUGUUUUAAGGAGGACAUAGGCUUAGAAAGAGGCUUUUCUAGAAGGGUGAUCUGGAGCUGGGAGACAUUCUAGGCAUGGACACCCUGGGACACUGCCACUGAAACAGGCCUAUACCCAGACUGCUCAGCCUUUUUCUCUGCCACGAUGCGCAUCGUACGGGCACAACCUGGUUUUGGCAAAACCAAAAGAAAUGGGCAGAGAGGUAAAGCACUGGGUGGGUUUGUGAUUGCCCUCCUCCAUCCAUAACAACAUACACCUCGCCUGUCUGCAACCCCUGAGGCACGGGGGGCGGGGUUCUCUCUGCCAUUUUGAAGUGCUAGAAAGUGAGGGUGACACUGGGACAGUCUUGAACCUCUCACUGACUUUUUAAAAUCUUUUGAAAGAAAUAACCAACCCUUUAGUACUUUAAUUACUAACCAAUAGUUGGGAUCACACGUCACAACCUCCUGUGACACACCAGGGGGCUGCCACGUGGAGAUUCAGUGGGCCUGGUAUAGGAGGAGGCCCAGAGAUGAGGAGAAGCAGGGUCCAGAGACAUUUGAGAUAGAAGUAUGGAGUGGAUGUGAGGGGACGCUGAGGGAGAAGUGGCAGCUGAAUAAGCCUCCUGAUAGAGAUGGAGAAUCUGAGAAGAACAAGGCACUGAGCCACUGCAAUUCCAUCCCACUCCAAAUUAACAGAAAAAAAUAUAGGAGAAUAUCUAAGACCUCGAGAAAAGGAAGAAUUCCUCAAACUAGACCCUCCGAAAAAAGUUCAUCAAAAGAUACCAUAAGAUAAAAAGACAAACUGGGAGGAGAUACUUGUAACACACAACUAGUCAGAAUUUCUUUCUUUUUAAAAUGCUUAUUGAGGGCUUCCCUGGUGGCGCAGUGGUUGCGCGUCCGCCUGCCGAUGCAGGGGAACCAGGUUCGCGCCCCGGUCCGGGAAGAUCCCACAUGCCGCGGAGCGGCUGGGCCCGUGAGCCAUGGCCGCUGAGCCUGCGCGUCCGGAGCCUGUGCUCCGCAACGGGAGAGGCCGCAGCAGAGGGAGGCCCGCAUACCAAAAAAAAAAAAAAAAAAAAAAAAUGUUUAUUGUUAAGACAAAAGCAAAAAGAAGGAUUGAGGAGAGGGGGCAAAGUCAUGAACAGGUGUUUGGCAGAAGAGGAAAUAAAAUGGUCCUCAUUAGUAGUCAGGGAAAUGCACAAAAAUCCAUUCCACACCAUCAGAUUGGCACAAACUGUAGUCUUAAAAUACCAGGCCUCGGCGAGGAUGGGGAGCAGUGAGAACUCUCACAGAUUGCUGGGGGGAGUGUAAAUUAGCCUAACUCUGGAAAACACUUUGGCUGUACCUAGUGAAGUGGAACGUGCCCAUGCCCUGGGGCCCAGCAGUUCUGCUCCCAGGUUUGUACCCCAGAGGAACUCUGAACGUGUGCCCCAGGACAUGGGAUGGCACUGAUGGUAAUAAGGAGGCUGUGAAAUUACCAGUUACUGAACACUGGUGUAUGCCAGGUGUGGUUUAAGUUCUUUGCAUGAAUUAACUCGUUUGCUCCUCUACACAUUUAUGAGUUUGGAGGCGCGGAGAGAUUGAGUAACUAGCAUGAGGUCCCAGAGCUGUGAGAACAGCAGUCGGUGGCUACGGAGUCCAGAAUCUGCCCUAACCACGAGCGAGGCAAAGCACUCUGUGCUCAGUGUCUCAUUUAACACUGCACCCAUAGACCUGUGAGGCAGUGACUUUGUUCAUUUUACAGAUGAAGAAACUGAAGAGCAGAAAUGUGCACAAGGUCACAUACGUAGUGAAUGGCAGGGCUGGGAACGGACUCUAACGCAGCUGUCCAACUCCUCCCGCAGAUGCCUCUUCAGUUAGGGCAGGGGUAACCCAGCGCGGUGACGAGAGGGAAGCAGAGGACGCGGGGAGGGGGGUCUGAUUAUCCCACGUCUCGGCUCUGGCCCCACCCGACCCCCCCAAGCCUCGCACAGCACGGGGGGGUCACCUGAGGGACGUGAGCAUCUCCGGGACCAGCUUUCCCAGCCACGAGCCGCAGCUUCCCCCACCUCAUUGGCCAGGGCUGGGCAUGUGCUCUCCGCGCAGCCAAUGGGGCGAGCGGGGGGUGGGGCGGCUGGGAAGGGCCUGGGGCCGCGCGGCACUUGGAGGGUCGGUCCGGCGCCGACAGCGUCUUCGCCCGCCUCCUUGUGAAAUGAAGUGCCGGUUACUGCCCGGAAAGGAGGGGGAGUUGGUGGCUUGGGACUUCUGAAAGAGAAGGUUUGUAAUCACCACCGGAAGGAAGGGGAGAAGGAACCGACCAGACCCGCAGGACUGGGAAGAGUGGGAGCCCCCGCUGCGGUUGGAGACAGGUAUGUGGAAGAGCCCAAGGGCAAAUGGGACCUGGGGCUGGCCUCAGGAAGGGUCUGGAACCCAGAAGCGCUGCCCGUGGAAGGUAUUCCUUCCCUCCUGAAGACCAGCUCAGCCUGACGCCUGAGCUACAGAGCAAGGUGAGAUGACCAUCCCAAAGGUCAAGUUUAUGUCUUCUGCAUGCAUGAGACCCGCUGGGCUGAACCAAAAUCUCUCCAUCCCAAUUUCACUUUCUGGGAAUCGUCAGCUCCGUUUGCUCUUACUGAAAUACAACUUUUUCCGCAGAGAAAAACAGGGCGGUUGACAGCUCCCCAGUUUUAUGUGUCCAGUUUUCAGCCCUGGAAAGAUUACUCUUUUGUCCUAAGUCCAGUGACCCCAGGAAGGAGACCAUUGGUUCAGUUGGGUUCAGCACCUAGUGCUGGACCAAUCAGUUGAGAACUUGGCAGCCCCCACAGUAGCCUGUAUAUGGCAGGGAGGGCAGAGAACAUUUUGUGGAGGAC